AUGGCUCUAUUCACUCACCGUCCCUCGUCCCCAUUUGGUCUUUAUCCGUCCAGCCCUCUGACCUCCUCUCCAGGAGCUAGCGAUGGUCUCAGCCCAGGCAUGUCUAGCGUAAAUACUGCCAGCUCUCAAGGCUCUCAAGCCCACGGCAACAUGCAAUAUACGUACAGCGCCAAUGUCCACGGUACAUGGCCUACGCCGGGCAACUCGAACUACAACGUCGGCGGCACCUCUCCAGAUCAAUCAUACGGCCACCGGUCAUCAAUCUACGGCCAGCCGUCUGGGAUGAGUUUUGGAAAUCCACGAAGCUCGCAGUCUCCCGCCACAGGUGGUGAAGGCCUUCCUCCACCACCCUUCAACAACGUUCAUCAGCCAUUUCAAACGUCCAUCUCUGGAGGGGGAGGAAACGGUGGUCAGGACAGCCAUCACAUGUCCGGUCAGCCACCUCAAGGCGCCAUGAUGAAUUCUACUCAGCCUCAUACACCAGGCAGCGCUCCUGCGCCCGUGGAUCCUUAUGCUCACUCUAGAGCACCCAGCAAUCAGAGUUAUUAUCCUGCCUCGUCCACACCCCAGCAAGCGAGUUUCUCGUCAUACGCAGGACAGCAGCAACAGUCGCCGACGGGUGCUAGCCCUGGCUCGCGGGGCAUAGGACACUCGGCCAUGGCACCGCCUCCCGGAUCUUAUCGACCGUAUGGUUCAUAUCAACCGCUCGCCACGAUGAACGGUCCGGUCAUGUCUAACAUUCAUCAACCCGGGUCGCAACUGUCCAUGAUCCCAGCGAUGGGUGUGCCACCUGGCUACGGCGCUCACCAGAUGAUGUACGGGCAUCAUCCUCAACCCCAACCACAGUCGGAGCGCCCAUUCAAAUGUGACCAAUGCACACAGUCCUUCAGCCGAAACCAUGAUUUGAAGCGACACAAGCGGAUUCACCUGGCUGUCAAGCCUUUCCCCUGUUCCUUCUGCAGCAAGAGCUUCUCUCGCAAGGAUGCGCUCAAGAGACAUCGACUCGUCAAGGGUUGCGAGAACAAGAGUAACGAGGCCGCUGCUGCCGAUGACAGCACCCAAGAUCGUGCUGGAGAAGGCGACGAUGACCGGUCAUCGAUGGGCAAGGAGGCUUAA